AUGUUGAUUGACGGCGAGAAGUACGCUUGCGAAGCAUGUGUAAGAGGCCACCGAGUCAGCACCUGUCAGCACUCGGACCGUCAACUUACACAUAUCAACAAGAAGGGUCGCCCUGUCUCACAAUGCCCACACUGCAGAGGUCUCCGCAAGGCUCGUGCCUCACACGUACAGUGCGAAUGUGGAGCCAAACCACACAGCAAAGACGAAUGCAACGAGAACGAAGGCUUAGGCGAGUUCCAAUCAGACACAGCGUCUGAUCCUGGUGCACAAGACCACAAAACAUGCUGCUGUAGCCAUGGAGCACGAUGCACGUGCGCUAUCAAGAAGGAAUACCUGGAUCCUGUGCCGGAAAUCGAUAUGCCUGUUCUGUCACCAAGGAGAUCUACAAGCUCUCGAAAGCCCCGUCUGCUCAAAGCCGACUCGGACAACUGUUUGACCGUCUUCACGAAUGGACAUCAUAAACCCGUACACAAACACAACGAUUCGGCCCACAAAUGCGGAUUACCCUACAAGAUCCCGAUCCCCCACAGCGUACCUGGCAAUGACCCAGCUCGCCGCUCGACGGAUAGCUUGCCGCUGAUCAGGAAGAAAGAGGAGGCUCAUUCUCAGCUACACGAUUCGAUUUCGAGCGCCCAGCAAGACGUAAGACGGGUCAGGUCCGAACAUGGAUCCCCGGAGCGAAGCACUGCCCGAUUCCGGGACAGCAAUGGUGACCUACCACCUUUGGAUCUAUCUUAUGCUGGAUACGAGAGUAUUCAGGGCCAGUACCCCGAAGACUAUUCACAAUCGCCAAGAGCUUUCGAAAACUACUACUCCACAUCUCAUGAAGAGCUGCCGGCACUGUCGGCUGGUAUGAACAUGCCUGCAGUGGACUGGUCGGCCGUGGACCUGCCGUUGGAUGGGGCCUACUCCGCAGCAUACAGCCAGCCGCCAUCAUACGCGAGCUUUGAACACAGCAAUGUCGGUCAGCCAGGUUUAACCACGUCAUCCUCGGGCGAGCUCUCUGAGGUCGAUGAUUACAUCUCCCACAACCCUCGUGGUCAAUCCCUCAGGCCCGAACUUGCAUCUACGUCGGCCGAAGAGCUCAAAUAUAACCCUAUGGAUUCUUCAUCAGCAGAAUCGCUCAGCUACAACCCUACAAGCUCUUCGUCUUAUCCUACAAGUUCUUCAUCCUUUCCAAACCCGUCGCAUACAUCGUUGCUGUCUUCAAACAACCUCAACGAACGCGACAUUAAUUUCAUCGGGACCACGGCCUCUCCUACCGAGUUUGAAGAACCGACUGCCGGUAUGCCCUUGCGAUCCGAGGCCUUUGCAAAACACGGCUUCACAGUGCAUGACGCUCAGAAAAUGGCACAUCCAGAAACCCCUACUGAAGCAAUGGGAGGGCUGAAAUUGCCACCGCAAGUGGAUGACAGAGACCACGUAUGGGCUAAGCAUUUUGACUCGUCUGAAGACUCUCUGGUACCAGAAUGCAAAGUGGAGGAUGAUUGGGAGCAAUAA